GUUCUCUUGCUUUAUUCUUGUUUUAUAUGAUCAAAUUCUUGUAAAUUCUUGUGCUGUGCUUAUUAAUCUCUAUUCUAAAGCCAUGUAUAAAGUUGCGAAUGCAUCUGAGUAUCUUGUGAUCACCGGAGUUGGAAUCUCCGACAUAAAGCUUGCCAAGAAGGCGUGGGUACUCCCCGGUCAGUCCUGCACCGUUUUCGACAUCUCCCCUGUGAACUACACAUUUGAAGUCCAAGCCAUGAGCGCCGAGAAGCUCCCUUUCAUCCUCCCAGCCGUUUUCACCAUCGGCCCUCGUGUUGAUGACAAUACCAGCCUCCUGAAAUAUGCGAAGCUCAUCUCUCCUUACGACAAGCUCUCCCACCAUGUCAAAGAGCUCGUACAGGGAGUCAUCGAAGGAGAAACUCGGGUUCUUGCUGCUUCAAUGACCAUGGAGGAAAUUUUCAAAGGAACCAAAGCGUUCAAACAGGAGGUUUUCGAGAAAGUCCAGCUAGAGUUAAACCAAUUCGGGUUGCUAAUUUACAACGCUAAUGUAAAACAACUCGUGGACGUUCCAGGACAUGAAUAUUUCUCUUACUUGGGUCAGAAGACCCAAAUGGAGGCUGUCAAUCAGGCAAAAGUUGAUGUGUCAGAGGCAAAGAUGAAGGGGGAAAUCGGGGCAAAACUCAGGGAGGGGCAGACUCUGCAAAACGCUGCGAAGAUUGAUGCGGAGACGAAGAUUAUAUCCACGCAGAGGCAGGGUGAGGGGAAGAAGGAGGAGAUAAGGGUGAAAACAGAGGUAAAGGUGUAUGAGAACCAGAGAGAGGCAGAGAUGGCGGAGGCAGACGCGGAGCUAGCCAAAAAGAAGGCUAGGUGGUUCAUGGAGGCUCAAGUGGCAGAGGUGGAGGCGACAAAGGCUGUUGCGAGGAGAGAGGCGGAGUUGCAGAUGGAGGUGGAGAGGAUGAAUGCCUUGACCAGUACAGAGAAGCUCAAAGCAGAGUUCCUCAGUAAAGCAAGUGUUGAGUAUGAAACCAAGGUGCAAGAAGCAAAUUGGGAGUUGUAUAGGAAACAGAAAGCGGCGGAGGCAAUUCUCUACGAGAAAGAAAGAGAAGCGCAGGCUCAAAAGGCAGCGGCCGAUGCGGCGUUUUAUUAUCGUCAGCAAGUUGCAGAGGGCGAGCUGUACGCCAAGCGUAAGGAGGCGGAAGGGCUGACGUUGCUCGCUCAUGCACAAGGCGUUUAUCUGCGUACACUAUUGGAUGCGUUAGGAGGAAACUAUUCCGCUUUGCGGGAUUACAUGAUGAUUAACAGCGGAAUGUUCCAGGAGAUCGGUAAGAUUAACGCUGAAGCAGUACGGGGACUGAAUCCAAAGAUUAGCAUCUGGACUAAUGGAGGAGAUGCGGCUGGUGGCGGCGGUGGUGAUGCCAUGAAGGAGGUGUCCGGCAUUUAUCGGAUGCUUCCACAGCUGUUUAAGACGGUUCACGAGCAAACCGGGAUACUGCCGCCUGCUUGGAUGGGCACUUUACCAGAAUCCAAACCCCCUGCAACGACAACAGAUUAACACAUGAUAGUCAAUUCAAAAUUUCAAACCACGGUGCAGCAGUUUUAUGUUUAAUUGCGCUUUUUCCUUUAAAUUCAGUGUAAUGGACAAUGGAGUUGAUCUAUAUUUUCUAAGAAAGGAAAAAAAAGAAUAUUGUGUGGUUCAGAGUAUUCAUAUUGAACUGAAUUACUGUUUUCCAAAAAUCCUUCUUUCUUAGCCAUCUUGUGGUAGAACAACAAAGGUAUUCCACUUGCUUUGUUGAAAGUAAAGAAGAUGAAUUUUUUUCAAUAAUUCUCUUUUUUCAAGCAGGGAUCUCUGUGCAAGAUGGCUGAAAGAACAUUAAUUAUGUGUUGAAAAUACACUUCUUAUUAGAUU